AUGCAGCCCGGCAGCGAUUUUGCGCCUCGCUACGGGCCUGCUUCACCUCUGCCGUCACAAUUAGGAGCAUCCCAAGCUACGCACUCAACAACAGCAGCACCCGCGUUGAAGCGAACGUUUGACGACGCCGCAACGAGCCAGGGAAACCCUGCGCGAGCAAAGCGAGCUAUGAACGGCAGCGCGGCUCACAGUGAGCAUGUCAAGCAACAGGACACAGCUUUGGUAUCGCCUUCAAGCUCCAAUGACAGUCUCAAGCCUCCCAAGAACAAUGAAGGCGUGCAGAUACCGCCUGCAAUCAGUGAGCUGCCCCUAGACGGCACGAUCAGACCGCUCGAGGCGUCUAUGCUGGGUCUGGCGCCGAUAGACGAGUUCACGAGAGAAGUCGCCGAUUGGAUAUGGGCCUUCACGAGGACUCUCGAGAAUGUAGAGGCAAGCGCAAAGCUAGGCACGCUGAUAGACAACCGUACACAAGCGCGCAUCAUCUUUCCCGUCGCUGUCGAGACGAUCUUGACAGAUGCAAGUACCUUCAGAUUCGAGAGCAACAUGACAGUACAGCAGCAUGGCUUCUACAACCAAAUGCUCAAUACUCGCUUUGCAGAGUCCAACAAACAGGAAUACGACGGCGAGCGGAUACAGUAUGUACAUACGAGGCAUCUCGACAGCAUACACAGCUUCCCCAGCGACAACUUUGCCAAGCUCCGAGUGACCACAGACCAGAAGACUGGCCAGGUCGUUCCUAAUGGCGUCAUCAUCAAGCGUAAAGUGGCGGAUAUGAACGUCUACUGCCCCAAGCGCUCCUUUGACUACCGGAUCUCGGUCAGCAUAGAAUCGCCCACUGUCAUGCCUACAGAUCGGCCUAGCCGUCAAAGGUACAAAGAUCGCUUGUCUUAUCGGCAUCAGAUCACUCAGAUCGAUCUAACGCAAGUCAAAUCACCAGAGACAAUAGAGCCACGGCACGAGCUCGAGCUAGAGCUCACACCGACAGAUUUGAUCAUGCAAGAAGGCGCAAAGCAAGCUGCGGGUCAACCAAGUCUGUACAGAGACAUGAUCCAAGUCUUCUUGAACAACAUCAGAAUGCUCCGCUACGAGCACGCACAAGAGAUGAUAUCAGUCAGAGAAAGAAGACGAAGCAUCAUCUGCGACGUUCGCCUCGGCAACGUCGCGAUUGAGAUUGGUGUAGCUCUCUUUGAUGCACCGUGGCGAAACAUUGCAAGCUUGCCAGCCAUCUGCUCAGCCAGCGGAUAUAUAAUUGCACUUUUCUUCGACAUUCCCUAUCACGCAAGAGUUGGGGCUAAAGCGCAGAGCCAGACUGAGAGUCAUCAAGAGGCGCGAAAGGGAUUGUCACACUACUCUGGCAGCAUCUGGCGAUCAGUGUACCACUGGCGAGAACUCUGGCGACUAUCUGGCGAACAGCUGACGGCACUGGCGAAUCAUCUGGCGAUAUACUCUCAGCCCUUCUCGGCCUCGUCAGCCGUUCGCUCGAGCCCGACUACAAGAAAUACACUUCUGCCUAGCAAAUUUAUGAGCCGAAUUAGGGUUGGCACUGGCGGUGAGAUUUCGCUAGGAGAGGAGUUCCCAGGUCUGCCUCCGCUAUCGGUCCUCGAACACUUGCGCUGGAUUGCAGAUGUCAGACCGGGGACUUUGCGGGCAGCGGUUGGUUUCAGUGUAUCUGGCCAACACUGCACGCAGAAGAGAUCUGCAUCUGCUUUGCCUCGCGCCUCCCCUCCUCGACCGCCCGAUGGGCACUUGCACGACUCGACUCAUCUCGCACAUCGCGCCAAUCCCGAGCACACAUAUCAAACGCUGUCAUCUCUAGCGCAAGGCACCCACUCGACAAUGCGAUCAGCGAAAGUGCGUGCGAGCCUUGUCGCACUUCAUCCACUUAUCACAAUCUGUCGACUACUUGACGAUUAG